GCUGCUCUAUGAACUUGCGAAAUGGGGGAAAUGAUUUGAACAGAUUUGAGAGGGGUUCUGAGAUUAAAAACGUGGGUCCGCCGGUGCUGGUAGCACACAUGGCCGAAGACGUUUCCACUCAGCCUUCUUCUGCGUUGUCAGAAUCUGAUCCCCCGCCCUCACCAGCUCCUCCUCCUCCUCCGUUUGAUCCCAGUCGAAUGGUUGGUAUCAUCAAAAGGAAGGCCCUGAUAAAAGAUUUAGCUGCUGUAUAUCAUGCGGAAUGCCUUUCAUAUUGUCAAGAACUAUUGGAGCUUCAAAGAAAAUGGGAAGAGCCAUUCAUUGACUUGAGACCUCCAGAGGAUUCAAGAAAGGACAUAUUGCGGCCCUCCAAACGUGCCAAAAAAUUGCGAUAAGGAAUUAUCUUACAAGUGACGAGUAUACAUUCCUAACACCGCAACAGGAUGGGGAAAAAUAGGACUUAGCCUGAGCAACCUGUUUUUGUUGUAAGUAAAUUGUGUAUUAGAAUGGCGAUGAAAGAAACCAAGAAAAUUGAGCUUCAUUUUAGAUUUCUCUGUUGGCUAUGUGACUCUUGAGCGUGGCUUGUGAACAUGGAAACGUGACUCUAACCUGUAUCAUAUUUUUUUGCUAAGCAUGUGCUUGUCCUCCUAUUCAUGUUGAAAACACUGUCAGGAAUUAAAUAUAAA